CGAGUGUAGAAAAGAGGGAGAGGACUGCCCUUCUGUAUAAAAAGCAGCUCUCUUCUCCGAUUCGAGGGUUAACCCAAACACAUCCACCAACAGAACCCUUUUCUCUAUACUCUUUGGGCUUCUGGGGCCUCAUUUCUCUUACACAUAAACCCUUUUACUCUCUUUCUUGAUUUUCAAUUUACUUUGAUGUUUAUGAAUCCCUUGUUAAUCUCUACACAACUAGUAUAAAGGAGUGUAGAGGAGUAAAGAAGAAGGGUUGUGAAUCUUAUGGCGGGUACCCUAAGAUCGAGCUUGCCGUCGAGGUUACGGCAGCUUUUAUCCGGUGAAGGACCUAUCGGUCCGAAUGUUAAACUUGACUCUGAGACUCCCCCAAAAGUGAAGGCAUUCAUUGACAAGGUGAUUCUGUGUCCAUUGCAAGACAUAGCAAUCCCUCUUUCAGGUUUCCACUGGGAGUACAGCAAGGGAAAUUUUCAUCAUUGGAGGCCACUGUUUCUGCAUUUUGAUACAUACUUCAAGACAUACUUGUCUAGCAGGAAGGACCUUCUUUUAGCAGACCCUUUAGAAGAUGAUACCCCUUUCCCUAAACAAUCUGUUCUUCAGAUUCUGCGUGUCAUGCAAAUAAUUCUAGAGAAUUGUCACAACAAAAGUUCCUUUGAUGGUUUAGAGCAUUUCAAGCUGUUGCUUGCAUCAGCAGACCCCGAGGUUCUCAUUGCAACCCUGGAGACUCUUUCUGCAUUGGUGAAAAUAAAUCCCUCAAAGCUUCAUGCAAGUGGGAAGCUGGUAGGAUGUGGUUCAAUAAACAGUUGUCUUUUAUCAUUAGCGCAAGGAUGGGGAAGCAAGGAAGAGGGUCUGGGCUUAUACUCAUGUGUUAUGUUAAAUGAAAGAACCCAAGAUGAAGGUCUAACCCUGUUUCCAUCUGAUUUACAAACCGAAAACGACAAUUCUCAAAACCGUGUGGGGUCCACUCUCUAUUUUGAGCUGCAUGGUGGUGAUGCUACAUCUACCAGCACAAGUGUUAUUAACAUCCCUGAUCUUCACUUGCGUAAGGAGGAUGAUUUGUCUUUGAUGAAGCUGAUGAUCGAGCAGUAUAGUGUGCUCCCUGAGCACAGGUUCUCAUUGCUGACUAGGGUUAGAUAUGCUCACGCCUUUCGUUCUCCAAGAAUCUGCAGGCUAUACAGCAAGAUAUGCCUUCUUGCUUUUAUAGUUCUUGUUCAGUCAAGUGAUUCGCAUGAUGAGCUUGUGUCCUUUUUUGCUAAUGAGCCGGAGUAUACAAAUGAGUUGAUCAGACUAGUGAAAUCUGAAGACACGAUACCUGGAACAAUUCGUACGCUUGCAAUGCAUGCUCUAGGAUCCCAGCUGGCUGCAUAUUCAUCUUCUCAUGAAAGGGCACGCAUUCUGAGUGGCUCAAGCAUCAGUUUUGCUGGUGGAAACCGCAUGAUUCUUCUUAACGUGCUGCAAAGGGCGAUUUCGUCUUUGAGCAACUCUAGUGAUCCCUCGUCCAUCGCAUUCGUUGAGGCACUUCUUCAGUUCUAUUUGCUUCAUGUGAUAUCCACAUCAAGUUCCGGGAGUGUUAUACGGGGAUCAGGAAUGGUUCCGACUUUUUUACCUCUGUUAGAGGACUCGGAUCCUUCACACAUGCAUCUCGUCUGUUUAGCUGUGAAGACACUGCAAAAGCUCAUGGAUUACAGCAAUUCGGCUGUGACUCUGUUUAAAGAUUUGGGAGGGGUAGAGCUUCUAACCAACAGAUUGCAGAUAGAAGUAGGUAGGGUGAUUGGUUCAGAAAUAGGAGAUGACAAUAGUUCAAUGAGCAUCGGGGAGUCCUCGAGCAGUAAUGUUGACUGGCUGUAUUCUCAGAAGCGGCUCAUCAGGGUUUUAUUGAAAGCACUUGGUUCUGCUACUUACGCCCCAGCAAAUUCUACAAGACCUCAAGGGGGUCAUGAUGUUUCAUUGCCUGCCACUCUUUCCAUGAUCUUUGGAAAUGUGGAUAAGUUUGGAGGUGAUAUAUAUUCUGCAGCUGUCACUGUCAUGAGUGAAAUGAUCCAUAAAGACCCAACUUGUUAUGCUUCAUUGGAUGAAUUAGGUCUUCCAGACGCGUUUCUAGAGUCGGUGAAAGCUGGAGUUGUACCUUCUUCAAAAGCCCUUACUUGUGUUCCCAAUGGUAUCGGGGCUAUCUGUCUCAACACCAAAGGCCUAGAGUCUGUUAGAGAGACUUCAGCAUUGACGUUUCUGGUUGAUAUUUUCACCGAUAAGAAAUAUGUACUUGCAAUGAAUGAUGGAAUUGUGCCUUUGGCGAAUGCUGUUGAGGAGCUUUUGCGUCAUGUUGCUUCACUCAGAGGUACCGGUGUAGACAUGAUCAUUCAGAUUGUUAAUAAAAUUGCUUCCAUAGAGGAUGGUAAGGCCAGAGCAAAAUUGGGGAAACUUAACAAUGAGAGUAAUUCUAUGGAUAUGGACAUGGAAGAUAAAGAAAAUGUAGGUCCGGUUCUUGUUGCUGCCACAGAUUCGGUUUCUGAAGGAGUUGGUGAUGAGCAGUUUAUCCAGUUGUGCAUCUUUCAUGUCAUGGUCUUGGUUCAUAGAACAAUGGAGAAUGCUGAAACGUGCAGGCUGUUUGUUGAAAAAGAGGGGAUCGAAGCUUUGUUGAAGCUUUUAUUAAGACCAAGUAUAACACAGUCAUCAGAAGGGAUGUCGAUUGCUUUGCAUAGCACCAUGGUUUUCAAGAGCUUUACGCAACAUCACUCUGCUCCAUUAGCACGUGCCUUUUGUUCUGCUCUUCGUGAUUAUCUCAAGACAACUUUGACAGGAUUCGGUGUUCUUUCAGGAUCCUUUCUGCUUGACCCCAAAGCCACUCCAGAUGCUGGAGUUUUCCCUUCGCUUUUUCUUGUUGAAUUCCUUCUGUUUCUUGCUGCUUCAAAAGACAACCGAUGGGUCACGGCAUUGCUUCAAGAAUUUGGAAACGAAAGCAAGGAUGUUUUAGAAGAUAUCGGGCGUACUCAUCGUGAGAUUUUAUGGCAGAUUGCACUGCUUGAAGAUGCCAAAUUUGAAACCGAUGAUGACAGUGACAGAUCAAGAUCCUCAGAACCUAAUGCAUCAGAAUCCGAGGAGCAAAGAUUCAACUCCUUCAGGCAGUUUCUUGAUCCUUUAUUGAGAAGAAGGAUGUCCGGAUGGAGUUUUGAAUCCCAGUUUUUUGAUUUAAUCACUCUGUAUCGCGAUCUUACACAUGCGUCUGGUGUUCCACAACGACAGAGUACGACAGAUGGUCCUUCAGCCCUACAUCUUGGAGGGGUCCACCAAUCACAAUCACAAUCACAAUCACAGGCGUCUGCGUCUUCUUCAGAUGUUGCUAGUGCCGGUGUUGGCUCAAGGGAAGUUGACAAGCAUAGAUCGUAUUAUUCUUCUUGUUGUGAUAUGAUGAGGUCGCUCUCUCUGCACAUUACACAUCUGUUCCAAGAGCUUGGGAAAGCAAUGUUGCUUCCUUCUAGAAGACGAGAUGACAUGGUGACAGUUUCGCCUGCUUCAAGAUCAGUGGCUUCUACAUUUGCUUCCAUCACAUUGGAUCACAUGAACUUUGAAGGUCACAUGAAGCCUUCUGGAUCGGUAUCAUCCUGGUCACCAAAGUGUCGUUACCUGGGCAAGGUCAUAGACUUCAUCGAUGGGAUUCUCCUGGAAAAGCCCGACACCUGCAACCCUGUUCUAUUGAAUUGUUUAUAUGGUCGUGGUGUGCUUCAGUCGGUUCUCACCACAUUUGAAGCUACCAGUGAGUUGCUAUUCACAGUCAACAGGACGCCUGCAUCUCCAAUGGAUACCGAUGAAGGAACUCCAAAGCAUGAAUCAGAAGAAACAGUUCGUUCGUGGAUAGAUGGUCCUUUAGCCAGUUAUGGUAAACUUAUGGAUCAUCUAGUGACAUCAUCUUUUAUUCUGUCGCCAUUCACCAAACAUUUUCUUACACAACCCCUUGUAACUGGCGAUAUUGCAUUUCCACGUGAUGCGGAAGUUUUCGUGAAGGUUCUUCAAUCCAUGAUUCUGAAAGCUGUUCUCCCUGUAUGGACACAUCAACAAUUCACUGACUGUAGUGACGAUUUCAUUGCUACCUUGAUAUCUAUUAUCCGUCAUGUGUUUUCUGGGGUUGAAGUGAGAAGUGUAAGCAGUACAGGAUCGCGUCCCUCUGGUCCUCCCCCAAAUGAAACAACUAUAUCCACAAUUGUAGAAAUGGGAUUUUCCAGAGCUCGAGCAGAGGAGGCUCUGAGACAGGUGGGGUCAAACAGUGUGGAGUUGGCAAUGGAGUGGCUGUUCUCACAUCCAGAAGAAGUUCAAGAAGAUGAUGAACUUGCUCGUGCACUUGCUAUGUCUCUUGGUAAUUCUGGAACAGACACAAAAGAAGCUACUACAAAUGAAAGUAGUCAACAGAUUGAAGAGGAAACCGUGCAGCUACCCCCAGUUGAUGACCUGCUGUCUACUUGCAAAAAGCUUCUAGAAAUGAAAGAUUCUCUUGCCUUUCCGGUUCGGGAUCUUCUUGCAAUGAUAUGCUCUCAAGAUGAAGGUCGAUACAGGUCAAAUGUUAUAUCGUUUAUUCUAGAACAGGUGAAGCUUUGCAGUGCCAAUGCUGAUGGUGGAAAGAACAACAUGCUAUCCUCCCUCUUUCAUGUCCUUGCUUUGAUUCUGAACGAGGAUAAGGAUGCAAGAGAAGUUGCUUCCAAGAGUGGUCUGGUUAAGGUUGCAGCAGAUCUUUUGUCGGAGUGGAACUCCCGUUCACACGAGAAUGAGAAACUGAUUGUUCCUAAAUGGGUGACAGCCGCUUUUCUUGCUAUCGACAGGCUGGCGCAGGUUGAUCAAAAGUUGAAUGCUGAUAUUUCAGAGUUGUUGAAGAAAGAGGAUGUGGGCAACCAGAAUUCUGUUGUUGUGAUAGAUGAGGACAAGCAAAAUAAGUCCAUGGGAUUAUCCUCAAAGCAUAUUGAUGUGGAUGAACAGAAGAGGUUUGUUGAGAUAUCAUGUGGGUAUUUAACGAAGCAGCUUCCUGCUGAAACGAUCCAUGCUGUUCUGCAGCUAUGCGCUACACUUACAAGAACUCACUCUGUUGCUGUUAGCUUUUUAGAUGCUGGAGGUUUGCCUUUGCUGUUAUCUUUGCCUACAAGCAGUCUAUUUGUUGGGUUUGAUAAUGUUGCUGCUACUAUUAUUCGCCAUAUUCUUGAAGAUCCACAGACUCUCCAACAGGCCAUGGAAAGUGAAAUCCGCCAUAGUAUUCUGACAGCUGCCAACCGACAGUCUAACGGAAGGCUCACACCCCGUAAUUUUUUGUUAAAUUUGACGUCUGUCAUCUCAAGGGAUCCUGUGGUUUUUAUGCGGGCUGCACGAUCUGUGUGCCAAAUUGAAAUGGUUGGUGAGCGUCCAUAUGUUGUCUUGCUAAAAGACCGCGAGAAGGAUAAGGUUAAAGAAAAAGAGAAGGAGAAAGACAAAGAGAGAGGAGAGGAAAAAGAUAAGCCACAGACUCCUCAAAUUGAUGCAAAGUUGACAUUGGGUAAUGCCAAACUACCUGAGGGAAAUGCUAAGAAUGCAAAAGUUCAUCGUAAGCUUCCUCAAAGUUUUGUUACAGUAAUUGAGCUGCUUUUGGAAUCAGUUAUUACUUUUGUACCUCCUCCAGAAGACAAGGCAGCGGCAGGUGGAGAGGGUUCUUCAGUGGCUGAUAUGGAAAUUGAUGUUGCUUUAAGUAAGAGUAAGGGAAAAGCUAUUGCCUCAGCAACCGAAGAGAAUGGAGAUAAUGGCCAGGAAUCAUCUGCAUCUUUGGCUAAGGUUGUAUUCAUUUUGAAGCUCUUGAAGGAAAUUCUGUUGAUGUAUGGUCCAUCUGUUCAUGUUCUGUUACGAAAAGAUGCCGAAGUUAGCAGCAGUCAUGGUCAUGGUGGGGGCAUAUUUCACCACAUUCUUUGUAAGUUUCUUCCUCACCUGAGAAGUUCCAAAAAGGAAAAGAAGUCGGAUGCAGACUGGAGGCACAAACUAGCAGGUAGAGCCAGCCAGUUGUUGGUGGCUGCUUGCGUGCGUUCUACAGAAGCAAGGAAGAGAAUAUUCAUAGAGAUCAAUAACGCCUUCAGUGAUUUUGUUGAUAGUUCUAAAGUUCACAGGCCUCCUGGAAAUGAUAUCCAGGCUUUUGUUGAUCUGCUUGGUGAUGUACUGGCUGCCCGCUCGCCUACCGGUUCUUCAAUUUCAGGAGAAGCUUCUGUUACAUUUAUAGAUGUUGGUCUUGUGAGAUUGCUUACACGAACUCUUCAAAUGUUGGAUCUGGAUCAUGCUGAUUCCAUAAAGAUUGUACCAGGGCUUGUAAAGGUUCUGGAGUUGGUCACUAAAGAACAUGUUCAUGCUGCUGAGGCUAAUACCACAAAGGGUGAGAAUUCAACAAAAGCUCCUGAUCAUGGCCAACCUGGGGGAACGGAUCAUACUGGUGAUAUAGAUACAUCUCAGUCCACAGAAACUGCAGCUUUACCUAAUUCAAGCUCUGCACCUACUGAAGUUGCUGAGGGUUUUAGCACUGUUCAAACCUACGGCGGAUCUGAGGCUGUUACUGAUGACAUGGAACAUGAUCAGGAUAUUGAUGGAGGCUUCGCCCCUCCAAGCGAAGAUGAUUACAUGCAUGAAAAUUCUGAGGAUGCAAGGGGACUUGAAAAUGGACUUGGUUCUGUUGGGAUACGAUUUGAAAUCCAACCUGAUAUUCGUGAGAGGCUUGAUGAAGAUGACGAGGAUAUGUCGGGUGAUGAAGGAGACGAGGUUGAUGAGGAUGAAGACGGGGACGAUGACGAUGACGGACACAAUGAUCUGGAAGAAGAUGAAGUCCAUCACUUGCCGCAUCCAGACACCGAUCAAGAUGACCAUGAAAUUGAAGAUGAGUUUGACGAGGACAUGAUUGAGGAAGAAGAUGAAGACGACGAAGAUGAUGAUGGUGGAGUUAUACUAAGAUUGGGUGAGGGAAUGAAUGGGAUAAAUGUAUUGGACCAUAUUGAGGUAUUUGGUAGAGACCAUAGUUUUUCCAACGAUACCCUCCAUGUGAUGCCUGUUGAAGUAUUUGGUUCCAGACGCCAAGGCCGUACCACAUCCAUCUAUAAUCUUUUGGGGAGAUCAGGUGAUAGCUCUGUUGCGUCUCAGCACCCACUUCUAAUGGAGCCUUCUUCAUCACGUGCAGUCUCUUCCAGACAAGCAGAUAAUGGUCGUGAUGGGCACAUUGAAAGAAAUUUAGAGUCAUCCUCGUCGCGGUUAGAUUCGAUUUUCAGGUCUUUGAGGAACGGUCGCCAUGGACAGCACGGACACCGCCUUAGCAUGUGGAAUGAUGACCAGCAAAGUGGUGGAUCUAAUGCAUCCAGCAUCCCUGUAGGCCUUGAAGAUUUGUUGGUUUCUCAUUUGAGGCGUCCAACUCCUCCUGAGAAGGCCUCAGCCUCUGAUCAAGAAAAAGUGGAGGAGGGUCAGCAGACGAAAAAUGAAUCCCAAGAAUCAGCUGGGAUGGUGCCUGAAACUGAAACUGCUGGUGAAAGCAGCAGUAAUGAUGAUCAAGUUCCUCCUUUGAAUGGCUCUGGAAGCACGCCUGCAGUAGAUGAUGAAUCUCAAGAAGAGGGCACAGAUGCAACUUUGGGUCAGCCUCAUGAUAUGCAGUUUGAGAGCAACGAUAGUGGUGUGCGGGAUGUUGAGGCUGUGAGCCAAGAAAGUAGUGGAAGUGGAGCUACAUUAGGAGAAAGCCUUCGGAGUUUGGAUGUUGAAAUUGGAAGUGCUGAUGGCCAUGACGAUGGUCCCACAAGGAGAACAAAUGUAUCAAUAAACGCGAGAGAUGCAUCCCUUCAUAGUGUAUCAGAAGUUAGUCAAGAAACAGACCAAAGUGAUCCUGCCGAGGAUGCACCACGUGAUCGUGAUGGUGCUGCUGGUUCUGCACCAAUCGACCCUGCGUUUCUGGAUGCACUUCCCGAAGAGUUACGUGCUGAGGUUCUUUCAGGCCCACAGGGGCCGGGACCGGUGGCAGCACAGCCACCUGCAACCAGCGAACCACAAAAUGAUGGAGACAUAGACCCUGAGUUCCUUGCAGCACUUCCUCCAGACAUCCGGGCAGAAGUUUUGGCUCAGCAACAAGCACAAGGGGCUCACCGAGCCCAAGAAUUGGAAGGUCAACCCGUGGAGAUGGAUACUGUAUCCAUAAUAGCCACAUUCCCUUCAGAACUAAGGGAAGAGGUUCUUUUAACAUCAUCUGAUGCGGUUCUUGCUAAUCUGACACCUGCUCUUGUUGCGGAGGCAAAUAUGUUGCGAGAGAGGUUUGCACGUCGUUACAAUCGGACACUUUUUGGUAUGUUCCCAAGAAGUAGGAGGGGUGAGUCUUCUAGAAGAGGGGAAGGAGCUGGAUCCAGCAUGGAUAGAAGUGGUGGGAUCAUUACCCGUAGGUCAAGUGGAAGUAAGCCUGUUGAAACUGAUGGAGCUCCUCUAGUUGACCAAGAAGAUCUUAAAGCAAUGAUUCGGUUGCUUCGUGUAGUUCAGCCACUAUAUAAACCUCAGCUCCAGAGACUGCUCUUGAAUUUGUGUGCUCAUGGUGACACCCGUUCUUCCGUGGUAAAGAUAUUGAUGGACCUAUUGUUGCUUGAUAUAAGAAAGCCUGGAAAUAACUUGAAUGCUUCUGAGCCAUCAUAUAGACUUUAUGCAUGCCAAAGUCAUGUGAUGUAUUCUCGUCCUCAGUGCUUUGAUGGGGUCCCUCCAUUGGUGUCACGCCGUGUUCUAGAAACUUUGACGUAUCUGGCCAGGAAUCAUACAUUUGUUGCAAAACUUUUGCUUCAGUUCAGAUUCCCUCCUGAUAAGUCUCAUGGAAAAGCCAUCAUGGUUGUUGAAGAUAAUGAAACAGAAAAGCUGCAGGGAGAUUUCUUGGCCAUAACAAUGCUGUUGAGCCUCUUGAAUCAACCGCUUUAUUUGAGAAGUAUUGCACAUCUUGAGCAGCUUCUGAACUUGUUAGAUGUGAUCAUCGACAAUGCGGAAAGCAAGCAAGCGCCUGCUCCCGUAUCUGUUCCUGAAGAAUCAGCUGCUCAGAUGUCCACAUUAAAUGCUGAUGAUGCUGGUGGCUCAGGCUCAAAUACCAAAUCACCCAAAGCUGAUGAUGCCUCUAAGCCCUCAUCUUCUGGUGCUAAUACAGAAUAUGACUCCCACACUGUGCUGCUAAGUUUGCCACAAGCAGAGCUACGGCUUCUAUGCUCGUUGCUUGCACGUGAAUGUUUGUCGGAUAAUGCAUAUGCUCUUGUGGCGGAAGUACUGAAGAAGCUGGUGACAAUCGCACCACAUCACUGUCAUUUAUUCAUAACAGAGCUAGCUGGAGCUAUGAAGAAUCUUACAACAUCUGCUAUGGAUGAAUUACGCCGAUUCGGUGAAAUUGAGAAAGCACUUAUUACAACUACAGCUUCAGAUGGAGCAGCAAUUUUAAGGGUGAUACAGGCAUUAAGCUCACUUGUUACUUCACUUAAUAAUCAAGAGAAGGACGAGACAGUUGCUGAAACGGAUCAAGCUGCCACCCUUUCUCUUGUUGGGGACAUAAAUGCAGCUUUAGAGCCUCUGUGGACAGAGUUGAGCACAUGCAUAAGCAAAAUAGAAAGCUAUUCAGAUGCGUCUUCACCUUCACCUUCCCCUUCACCGGAUAUGUCCGAGUCAUUGACAUCAAGACCUUCGGGUGCAAUGCCUCCACUUCCAGCUGGCACUCAGAAUAUCUUGCCAUAUAUCGAGUCUUUCUUUGUUAUGUGUGAGAAGUUGCACCCUGGGAGUCCACAGGAUUUUGGUAUUAUGGAUGAGGCGACGACUUCAAAAGUUGAUGAAAAGCAUGUGGUGUUUGUGAAGUUCUCAGAGAAGCAUAGGAAGCUUCUGAAUGCAUUCAUCCGCCAAAACCCUGGCCUGCUUGAAAAAUCCUUCUCCCUGAUGCUCAAAGUCCCUCGUUUUAUUGAUUUUGACAACAAGCGGUCUCAUUUUAGAUCAAAAAUCAAACAUCAACAUGAUCACCAUCACAGUCCUUUGAGAAUCUCUGUCAGACGUGCAUACAUACUUGAAGAUUCAUAUAAUCAGCUGCGGAUGAGAUCCACACAAGAUCUCAAGGGUAGGCUGACUGUUCACUUCCAAGGAGAAGAAGGGAUUGAUGCGGGUGGACUUACAAGGGAAUGGUAUCAGCUUCUAUCAAGGGUUAUUUUUGACAAGGGAGCUCUGCUGUUUACAACUGUUGGCAACGACUCAACAUUCCAGCCAAACCCUAAUUCCGUUUAUCAGACAGAACAUCUCUCAUACUUCAAGUUUGUUGGAAGAGUGGUUGGGAAAGCACUGUUUGAUGGUCAGUUGCUUGAUGUUCAUUUCACAAGAUCGUUCUACAAGCACAUCCUUGGUGUGAAAGUGACAUACCAUGAUAUUGAAGCCAUUGAUCCGGGUUACUUCAAGAACUUGAAGUGGAUGCUUGAGAAUGAUAUCAGUGAUAUUCUGGAUCUAACAUUUAGUAUCGAUGCGGAUGAAGAAAAGCUGAUAUUGUGCGAAAGAACAGAGGUGACGGAUUAUGAGCUGAUCCCUGGUGGAAGAAAUAUUCGAGUGACGGAGGAAAACAAACAUAAAUACGUGGAUUUGAUUGCGGAGCAUAGAUUAACGACAGCCAUACGUCCUCAAAUCAAUGCUUUCUUGGAAGGUUUUACCGAGUUGAUUCCUCGCGACUUGAUAUCCAUCUUUCAUGAUAAGGAGUUAGAACUCCUGAUAAGUGGCCUUCCAGAUAUCGACUUGGAUGACAUGAAGGCCAAUACAGAGUAUUCUGGGUAUAGUGCUGCAUCUCCAGUUAUCCAGUGGUUUUGGGAGGUUGCUCAAGCUUUCAGCAAAGAAGACAAAGCUCGUCUCUUGCAAUUUGUCACUGGUACCUCAAAGGUGCCUUUAGAAGGAUUCAGUGCUUUGCAAGGCAUCUCUGGAUCUCAAAAGUUUCAGAUUCACAAAGCAUAUGGAAGACCUGACCAUUUGCCCUCAGCUCACACCUGUUUCAAUCAGUUGGAUUUACCAGAAUAUCCUUCAAAGGAACAUCUGGAGGAGAGGCUGCUGCUUGCAAUUCAUGAAGCCAAUGAAGGAUUUGGUUUUGGUUAAAAGAGAUGAGAGAUGUAGAUAAUUUUUUUUUUUAAUUUUAUCAUGUCCUUUUCAACACGGGAUUCCAGCAGUGUUGAUAUACUUGCUUACUGUACAGUUUCGGUUUGUUAAAAUUGUAACUUGUUCUUAAUUAAUUAAUUUCCUUGGUUGGGUUGCUGCCAA